CCUGCCGCCGCGGAGCGCCGGAGCUUCUGGGCGGGGGCGCCGCUGGCCCUCCGCCGCCCUCGCGCGCCGGGGAUGCUGUUCUCGCUGCGGGAGCUGGUGCAGUGGCUGGGCUUCGCGCCGUUCGAGCUGCUGCUGCAGGCGGCGGCGCUGCUGGCGACGUCGGUGCUGCUGGCGCUGAAGGCGGACGGCGUGGCAGCCGCCGGGCUGAGCUGGUGGACCGUCUUCGCGCCGCUCUUCGCCGCCGACGGGCUGAGCACCUACUUCACGGCCAUCGUGUCAGUGCGCCUCUUCCAGGACGGCGAGAAGCGCCUGGCCGUGCUGCGCCUCUUCUGGAUCCUGACGCUGCUCAGCCUCAAGUUCGUCUUCGAGAUGCUGCUCUGCCAGAAGCUGGGCGAGCAGAGUCAGGAGCCCCUCUGGUACGGACUCAUCAUGUCUCCCGUCUUCAUCCUCCUCCAGCUCCUCAUGAUCCGCGCCUGCCGAGUCAAUUAGGAAGGGGGGAGGAGGAGGGGCAGGAGUUGGAGGAUGAUCAUCAUCACCAUCUUCAUCAUCCUGGCAGGGCCUCCUGCUGGCAGCCCUGGCACCUGGCCGCAGCUCAGUCCGGGAGCAAUGACUGGGCACCUCUUCUGGCAGCAAGCUGAACUGGACUGCUCCAGAAGAAUCUCUGGGCUGGCUGCAGCUGCUGACUUCCUUCCUAAAGUGGAGGGUUUAAGAGAAAGAGAUGCAAGGCCUCUCCCCGCUCACAGCAGUAACACAAUUUUUGUGCUCUGGUGGUAUUGAAGAUCCAUACACAGCUCCUCAUCCUGGUCUGCCAUUGGACUCCAAUCUCUGGGAAGCCGGAAGAUCUGAGCCAGCUAUGACUCCAACUAUUAUUUAAGAAUAAAAAAUGUAGAGCCAGUA